AUGGCGUUAGGAAUCACCGGGGUCGCCCUCGUGACCGGGGCCGGAAGCGGCAUUGGACGCGACGUCGCCAUCGGAUUUGCUGCUGAAGGCGCCAUCGGAGUGGUAUUUGCCGAUGUGAACCUGGCAGCCGCACAGGAGAGCGCGGACCGCAGCGCCGAAUACGCCACCAACCCAGCCUACUACCCGCUCGCCAUUGCAGUAGAUGUGGCGGACCUUGCCAGCGUGGAGCAGAUGGUGGCCGACGUGGUGGGAACUUUCAAACGGAUUGACUACUGUGUCAACAGCGCAGGAGUCGGAGUGCGCGAGCCCAGGUAUGUCGUGGAUGCCUCAAUGGAGGAAUUUGACCAGUUCUACCGCGUCAACGUGCUGGGCACCAUGCACUGCGUCAAGACAGUCGGCGCUGUGAUGUGCCAGCAAGCCCCCAUGACUGUUUUGGGCCGCACGGGAGAGCGCAAUGCCGGUCGAGGCGCUAUUGUGAACAUAGGAUCUGCCAACUCCUACAUGGCCACCCGUGGCAUAGUGCAGUAUACCACCUCCAAACACGCCGUGCUGGGAAUUACCCGCAACGCUGCAUUGGACUUGGCCCCUCAUGAAGUACGUGUCAAUACCAUCUGUCCCUCGUGGGUCGAUACACCGAUGGUCUCGGCGGCCCUCAAUGGAAAUCCCGAUUUAGGCCCGCUUAUGGAUAACGUGCUGCCGUUCCGACGCAUGGCGCAAGCUGAGGAAGUUUCUGAUGUCGUUUUGUUCCUGUGCAGUCCCCGGGCUAGUUACGUGACAGGCAGCGACUGGGUGGUGGAUGGGGGAAUGACGCUGACGUUGAAGACAUGAGUUGACUUGGCCCAGACGAGCAUGUUGGAAAGCUGCACAGAAUGAAUAGAAUAUGAGAUAUACUAAGAUCGUGUACCUUGCCGAUAGCAAGGGAGGCUAUAUCGUCAGAUUGUCUGAGUUGGGCGCUCCUUGACCAGAGAAUUAUUCAUCUUGCAAAUAAGCCAAGACGACCGCCCUGUACGUGAUAGUCUCGGGGGGGGGGGAAAGGUUUAGGUAACAGCAGUAAUGGAAAGGAUGAAGAGAGCUAUG